AUGGAGAGAUGUUGUCCAGGACAGCUCAUGACAGCUGCAGCCCAUGCAUCAACCACCCACGUUCACCCCACUACCUCCAUUAUAUCCCUCACAGCGCCCUCAUCGCGCACGCAACAACAUUCAAGACAGGUGGUGAUCCCAGGCGAAGUCAAUGCAGCAGUCCUUGUUCCGUUAUGCAACUGCGGAAAGCUGAGGUCCCACGCUGGCGAAGUCAGCUUCCCUGGGGGGAGGGUUGACCAAGACGCUUCGUUCCUAGACACUGCGCUCAGAGAAACUCAAGAAGAAGGCUUUGUAUAUCCACCCGGCGCCCAUGGAACGGAUACUUGGUCCCUAGACGACCCCUUGCCCUCUAUCUCGCUUUCCUCGCUCACAGUAUCCCAGCCCGAGGUAGCAACCGUCUUCCACCUUCCCUUCUCCGCAUUUGUGUCCCCUGCACGUAUCAGGUUCGAGGGAGUAAGCGAUCCAUUAGGACGACCGGAAGUGGGUGGUGGGAAGGAGGGACGCUUAGAAGUUUGGGGGUUGACAGGUUGGUACAUGUCACUGCUCAUGAGGAUCCUACGGGUGUAUACUUGA